AGUGCUCAAAGAUUGAAUAUUCAAAAAUUUUUGUUUUGUAAGAUUUAUUCAUCAUUGCCAAUCAACAGUGAUGAUAUAGAUUUGAACCUUUGUUGUUUACUUAAUUUAACUGGCUUUGUAACAACUGAUUUAAACUAUCUUGGUUUUUGUUUUCUCGCAAAAAGAGAAGGAGAAAUAUAAAAAUGAAUUUCAAUUUCAAUUUUAUUAUUCGCAGUAUUUCCAGCUAUGUGUUUAACUUGGUCUCCAAUUUUAAUUGCACUGUUUUGUUCAACAAAAAGUUUAGAAAACUCUUUUUAUUAGUUUCAAUAAUAUCUCUUAUACUCAUAUUAUCCAUAAAUUACGUAUACAAUUCGAGUUUGCAAAAUGAAUAUAAAGCUUACAUCAAUAUGAAUAAUUAUAUUCCUUCCAUCGGGAAUUGGACAAAUUAUUUUUAUAACGACUAUACCUAUAAUAGAACAAGUUCUUACCCACCAAAUAUAAUAACUAAUCUCGAUCAACCUAAAAAUACAAGUAUAUCCAAAAUUAUACACAAUCCAGAACUAGAUUUAAAAUUGGAUUACAUCGAUUCAGAUGGUCAAUUAAACGAACUGUUUUUCAGAAGAUUUAGACAUCACAACGAAUACCCCCAAUACUCAACAAAAGAUAUCUUGAAUCAAAAUUUGGAUGUCUAUGAAACAUAUCUCAAUAAUGAAAUCCUUGAACCAAAAGUCUCAAACCUAGUCAGGCCUCCAGAUGAAAUUGAUCAAUAUGAAAGAGCCAAUGCCACUUUCAUCUCUUUGGUUCGAAAUUCAGAAUUACAGGGCAUCAUCUCUGCAAUGAAAGAAGUUGAAAAAAAAUUCAAUAAAAAUUUCAAUUACCCCUGGACUUUUCUAAAUGAUAGAGAGUUUACCAAAAAAUUUAUAGAAAAAGUUCAAAAAAAUACAAAUGCCGAAUGCCAUUUCAUUAGGAUUCCCUCUCAUCUAUGGGAUAAACCUUUCAAUAUCGAUUCAAAUCGUGAAAAGGAAGGAAUAAAAUAUCUAAUAAACGAAAAUAUACAAUAUGCUAAUAAAAUCUCUUACCAUAAUAUGUGCAGAUUCUACUCGGGUAACUUUUACAAUAUUGAUCAUCUUAAAAACUUUAAAUAUUACUGGAGAAUUGAACCCUCCACCAGUUAUUUCACAAAAAUCAAUUAUGAUGUCUUCAAGUUCAUGGAAUUGAACAAGAAAACCUAUGGUUUUACCAUAAGUUUAUACGAUUCUCCACAAUCGGUUCACACCUUAUGGAACGCAACCAUAAACUUUUUAAAACAAAAUCUUCACUAUAUCAAUAAAAACCCUGCAUUAGAUUGGCUACUAUAUGACCUUCAAAACCCUCAUCAUAACGCGAUCACUAGUGGGUAUUCUACCUGCCAUUUUUGGUCCAAUUUCGAAAUAGCUGAUAUGGACUUUUUCCGAAGUAAACCCUACACAGAAUAUUUCAAUUACUUGGAUAAUGAAGGUGGCUUUUAUUACGAACGAUGGGGUGACGCUCCUGUUCAUUCUCUUGGCUUGGCACUCUUUGAAGAUAAAUCUAAGAUCCAUUGGUUUAGAGAUAUAGGUUACAAACAUUUUCCUUACUUUAAUUGCCCAAACAAUCCUGACUGCGAAGGUUGUGAAAAGGGUUCAUUUAGUGAAUAUGCUAAUUUAAAUGAUCAAAACUGUUUACCAACCUGGAUUAAAUAUGAAAUGACUGACGAACAGUUAAAUCUAUAUUAAAAGCUUCAAAACUAAUUCAAUUCUUACCCUUCCAUUUUCGUAUCUUAUUUUAUAUUUGCCUUAGUCUUUUACUAUACAAUUCUUUAAUCUUAAUCAUUGAUUCUAGUCUUUUUUUUUCAUAUAAUAUGGC